AUGGACCCCAACGACGGUAUAUUGCCCAUCGAUGUGUGUGUUCCUGGUUUCUAUACGUCCCCAAUUAAUCACGGAAUUCAUAACGAUAUUAUAGAAUUCAAUAUUUGUGCCAUCGCUGCAGGACACGAUGUCGGUGAAAGCUCGCACAAUCUCGUAAUCAUCGAUCCAGAGCAACAGCCGGUCGCCCAUGGACUUAGUAAAAGAUAG